CGCUGAUUGGCCGCUGCUGCCCCGGCCCAGCCCUUGCUGCGAGCUCGGCGGGCGCGCCAACUGUGGGGAGACCGAUCUUCGGAGCGGCCGCCUGGACGAGCACGACGCUUGCCGACAGCCAUGAGCAGCCUCAACGGGCUCAACCCCCAGCGCAGCACCGCCCAUGGCCGCUCGCCGUCGGGUCGCGUCGCCCUGACGCGCCGCAUGACAAGAGGCCCGCUUGACGCCGCCGCCGACGACGACGCCGCCUCUGAUGCCCCCGACGCCCUUGACGGCCCCGACGGCCCCAACGGCCCCAACAGCCCCAACGACCCCCUCCAAGACGCGCCCACGGCGGCCAGCACCGCCGCGCCCAGGUCGGCCAGCACGCUCGUCGCCUCGCUCGACGUGUCCUUUCUGCAGGAUGCCGCGGCCUACCACGCGCUGCCCGUCUCCGCCCCGCUGCCCUUCCAGCAGGCGCUGACGGCGCCCUCGCUCGCGGCGCCCAUUGACUCGCUGCUCGCCUCGGGCCACUACCGCCUCGCCGCCGUCGCCGCCGCCCGCAACAUUGUCUCGGCCGCGGCGCCCACGGACUACCCGACGCUGUUCCACCUCGUGCACGUGCGCCUCGCCUGCCUGUGUCUGAUCAGCGAGCACGCGCUCGCCGCCCAGGAGGCGACCGUGCUGGGCGACCUGAGCAGCGCCUUCUACCGCCAUCCGCUGACGGGCGUGCAUCUCGUCCCGUGGCCGCUGCGCCUGCUGGCCGCGCGCCUGACCGCCCUGGGCUACCGCGACUGGCGCAAGGGCGUCAUGGCCCACUACGAGCUGGCCCGCGAGUGCCGCGAGAGCAUCCUCGGCGCCUCCGCCGCGGCCGACAAGGCGCUCUGGCGGCGCAGGCUGAGGGACUGCGGCAUCCGCGUUGCGAACACGCUCGUCGAGAUGGGCGACCUGGACGGCGCCGGUCGCCAUCUCGGCACCCUGUGCGCGAUUGGUGCAGGUGCAGGUGCAGACGCCGACGCCGACGCCGACGCCACCGAGACGCGACAGGUGCUGGCCAUGGAAGCGCUGGUCUGGCUGCGGGUCGGCGACCUGGCGAGUGCGCGCCGCUGCCUCGCGGCGGCGGCCGACGCCGGCAGCGACGCGCUCCUCGACGGCGCGCUUGCCGCGCUGGUGCAGCUCGCCGACUCGGACUACGCAGCUGCCGCGGCCUCGUUCCGCGCUCUGCACGCGCAGUUCCCGCACGACGCCAUGGUCGCCCAGAACCUGGCCGUGUGUCUGCUGUACACGGGCCACAUCGCCGAGGCCAGGGACCUGCUGUCGGACCUCGUGCACCACAGCCCGCCCUUUCACUCCCUGCUCUUCAACCUGAGCACCGUCUUCGAGCUCUGCACCGAGCGGAACAGGGAUGAGAAGAUUAGAGUCGCAGAGGACCUUGCGAGCAGAAACGACGGCUGGGCGGUUGGCUGGGAGAGGUCCGCCCUCGAGUUCAAGCUGUAGUCGAUGGAUGGAUGCCAAAGAAUAGUGACACUAAGAACAGUGACACUAAGAAUAGUGACACAAAGAAUAGUGACACUACCACGAAGAAUAGCGACAUGUUCAUGACCGAGGACAGUGACUGACAUGUUCAUGACCGAGGAUAGUGACUGACAUAUUCAU